UUCUAAAUUUGGACCUGUUCUUUGAUGGAAGCUGCUUUCUCCAACCAUACGGGUCUCCAAGGACGACCGAUUUUUCCCGCAAAUUGAAUUCGAAUCAGGUUUCCAAUCAUCAAUUUUAGUCUAAUUGAUUACGAUAGGAAGCUGUGAGUAAGAAUUUUGAUCGAAUGUUUUUCCAAUGAUAUGAUCAAUUUUGUUGGAGGUCGGAGGGUUUCAAUUCCGAUGCAAAUGUUUGUUCUUUUCUCUUGUUUUUUCAUGAGGUGAGCCAUAUUUGUAUGAUGAAUUCUACAUGGAAUAAGUCACGAAAUUCGUCUUCAAUUGGGUACGUGUCAGCUUCAUGUUUGUUGAUUGUUGCCGAUGAAGGAUUUUUGCGGUGGUAUCCUUCGCUAGGGUUUCCAGGUCUGCGAUGAAAUUUUAUUUAGGGAAAUAUCCUGUUGCCACACUAAACUUCGAGUUACGUUGAGAAUUCAUCACCAUUCGUCUUCUCGUUCACUAAAAGAGCAUAUGUAUGUAUAUAUUGGUGGGAAGAGGAACGAUUGGCUUAUCGUGUUUCCACGAUGAAGAGUUCUUCAAACGAGUUUCCACAGAGAGAUAAAGAUGAACAAGUGACACAGAAACCAGCGCAGAGCACAGUUACAUGCGUGUAUCAGACUCAUAUUGCUGGUUCUUGGCGCAGUGUGACUGUAAUUUGGAGCAAGAACUUCAUGAAUUACUCUCUAACCAUAUCUGUGGAAAGCCUCGAUCGUGGUCGAGUUUACAUUUGCAAAAUUGACCCUAAGCCUUGGCAUUUUUGGGCCAGGAAAGGUUAUAAGAGCUUUGUGGUUGAUGGGAACCAAGUGGAUGUCUAUUGGGAUUUCAGAUCAGCAAAAUUUUCUGGAAGUCCAGAGCCCUGUGCCGAUUUUUAUGUUGCUCUAGUUUCUAAACAAGAAUUGGUACUAUUGUUAGGAGACAAUGAGAAAAAGGCCUACAAGAAAACAAAAUCGAGCCCUGCGGUUAUGCGUGCUGUAAUGCUUUACAAGAAGGAACAUGUGUUUGGAAAGAGAGCAUUCCCCACAAGGGCGAAGUUUGAUCAAACAAGACAGGAGCAUGAUAUCGUUGUAGAAUUCUUGAUCUCAGGGUCUGGAGAACCCGAAAUGCAGAUUAGCGUAGACGGUACUGUGUUGAUACACAUUUGUAAUUUGCAGUGGAAAUUCAGGGGCAAUGAUACUGUACUAGUCGACAACCAACCGGUUCACGUAUUCUGGGAUGUGCAUGCUUGGUUGUUCUCCCCCCCAGGAUCAAGCCAUGGUUUUUUCAUCUUCACCCCCGGCACAUCAGAAGCAGAAAGUGAUGUAGGAGAUAACAUUCAAGAUGAAGAAAGUGAUUACGGCACCCAUAGCAAGUGUUACUCGAUACUAAGUAAUUCAAACACCUCGCAGUUUUGUCUUUUUCUUUAUGCUUGGAAGAUUGAGUGAGGAAAAGCCAUGGAACCCUAAAAAACGGUGCAUCCUUAUUACUUGUAAACAAUUAUUGUUGUGCCAUUCAAGAUAACGAUGUUGGGGCAUGCUUAUUUAGUAUACAAGCUGAGGCUUAGAAUUGAAGAAUCUGAAUACGCGAAGUUUUUAUCAGUGCUGACAAUGAGACUAGUAAAGCCUGAUUACAUUUGUCAAUACUGAUUUAUAACUCCAAAUUUUCCGUUGAAUUGUUUGAAUCAAUGGUGGGGUAAACAACACAUACCCCUCCAAUGCAAUUUAUGCAUAUGUAUUCUUGUACUGCAGACAGAUGUUAAUGAGGUGAUUUUUAGUUUUGUUUC